AUGUGUGACAGAUACCCACCUUUUUACCAUGGAGGGCCACCUUUCAAUAGUUGGGAUCGAAGCUAUACCAUGGAGAAUCAAAUACAACAUCAGUACAGAGGUAGACCUAACCCAGGAGCGCAUAGGUUUUGGGGCAGCAUGUCAGAUGGUGGAGGAAUAUCGGCCGCUGGUGGUGACUCCAGUAGAACCAACCUGAUCGUCAACUACCUUCCACAGACAGUCACAGAAAAGGAUCUUUAUGCUAUGUUCGUCACCAUCGGCCCGAUUGAGAGCUGUAGGGUUAUGAAGGAUUUUAAGACUGGUUAUAGUUAUGGUUUUGGCUUCGUGAACUAUGUACGGGAAGAGGAUGCUACGAGAGCUAUCGAGACUUUCAAUGGAUACCAACUUAGAAAUAAGCGAUUAAAGGUUUCUUAUGCGCGACCAUCAGGAGACGAUAUUAAAGAAACAAACCUAUAUGUAACGAAUCUUCCUCGGGCAAUAACUGAGGAGCAACUUGAAACGAUAUUUGGGAAAUAUGGAAGGAUAGUACAAAAACACAUUCUACGUGAUAAGAAUAAUGGUUCGCCGAGAGGUGUCGCCUUUGUAAGAUUCGAUAAAAGAGAAGAGGCCCAAGAAGCGAUAGCAGCACUUAACAAUGUGAUACCAGAGGGCGGCACUGAACCCCUAAGUGUCAAGGUAGCCGAGGAGCACGGUAAACAAAAGGCGGCGUACUACGCAGGAUGGUCAGCUGGCUUCCAACAGAGUCGAGGUGACUUUUCGUGGAAUUGUGGAACUUGUUUGAUGCCUGGAGAGUCCUGGGAUAGUUUCCCAUCCCCUCCCCCUUUACUAGGGAGUCCAAACACUCCCAGAAACGGCUGCAGGCCAGGAAUGUGUGCGAACAUUCGACCACCGUUUGGUAAAGUCAAUAGAGCCAAUCGGGGGCGAAAUUUCCCCUGGGGCCCAGGGGCUGGUGACUUUAAAGGACAGAGGUGUAGAAAUGGUGCACCGUAUUGGUAA